AUGCUAACAGGAAGGAUUGAGAAGUGGAUUCUAGCAUUAUCAGAGUUCAGUUUUCAAUAUAUACCCCAAAGGGCGGUCAAGGGUCAAACAAUUGCUGACUUCUUAGCAGAGCACCAAGAGUCUCAAGAUGAGAUUAUCAAUGUACUAGAGAUCUUGGAAGUAAUUAAUGUUUGGAUCCCACCAAGCAAGGGCAUUUCGGGCAAAGAAGAAUGGGUCCAACAAGAAAUAAAAAGGGUAACUAGUCUCUGGAUUACUCAUUGGAAGCUUUAUUUUGAUGGUUCUUACACUCAGAAGGCUUCUGGAGCAGGGAUUGUCAUCAUAAAUCCCCAAGGGGUUCACCACUAUUACUCGUUCCUUCUAGAUUACCAAAGGAAUACCAACAAUCAGGCAAAGUAUGAAGCCUUAAUAAUUGGCUUGGAAAUCUUGAUAGAGUUGGGGGCAAUGGAGGUAGAGGUAUUGGGUGAUUCAAAGUUAGUGAUAAACCAGCUAAACGGAGAAUACAAGUGCAGACAUAUCACCAUGGCUGGGUAUUACUUGGCGGCCACGCAGUUGUUGAGCUAUUGGGAUUCUGAAGUAUCAAUUAAUCAUGUUCCCAGGGAAUCUAAUUUGGUGGCCAACGAGAUGGCGCAAAUAGCCUCGGGAGUACCAAUCCAGGAACGAAAGUAUGGAGUAGAUGUCGAGAUCCAAAGAAGAAAUCUUUCUUCUAUCCUAGAAAGGGGAUUCAGUCUAGAUGCAAUGGUCCUAGAAACCGAGAUGGAAGACUGGCGAUCACCUAUCAUUCAUCAUUUGAAAGAUCCUUCUUUACCCACAAGCAAGAAGAAUAGACAACAAGCAACUAAGUAUGUCUUAUGGGAGGAGAACAUACUAAGGAAAACUCCUGAUGGGCUACUACUGAAAUGUCUAGGCCAAGAUGAAUCUAUGAGAGUAAUGGCCGAGGUACAUGAAGGGAUAUGUGGGGCACAUCAAGCUAGAAUGAAGAUGAGGUGGUUAAUCAGGAGGUAUGGGUAUUUCUGGCCUGACGUAGAAAAAGAUUGCAAGUCUUAUGCCCGAGGCUGUGAGGAAUGUCAAAGGCAUGGACCCCUCCAACAUGUGCCUUUAGUACCUUUAAAUCCGGUGGUUAAACCUUGGCCCUUUAGAGGAUGGGCAAUGGACUUCAUCGGGCAGAUUUAUCCAUCUUCUAGCAAGGGGCAUACUUUCAUAAUUAUGGCGACGGAUUAUUUUACCAAAUGGGUAGAAGCCUCAGCUCUAAAGACCAUAACUUCAGUUACAGUUAAGAAAUUUAUUGAGACCAAGAUUCUGCACAGUGAAGAGUACAUAGAAGCUAUGUGUCAGGGGAUUGAAGAUUUAGAUGUAGUCCGAAUUGAGGCCUUGAACCAGAUUCAGGAAGGGAAGAGAGUUGUUGCCCGAGCUUAUAACAAGAAGGUAAAACUGAAGUCUUUCAAGGAAGGAGAUUUAGUAUGGAAGGCAGUCCUCCCUCUAGGAACUCAGCUUAGGGGCUUUGGGAAAUGGAGCCCGACAUGGGAAGGUCAUUUUAUUGCUAGUCAAGUAUUAGACAAGAGAGGAUAUUACUUGGCUGACCUUGAAGGAAAUUGGUAG